AUGGUGGGCAUCGGCCGCGGCUGGUACGAGACGGGGGACGCGACGUUCCACUACUACAACCACGACUCCGGCCCGCUCCUCGCGUCGAAGCUCGACGCCGGCGACCUCGACAUCGCGGUCCUCGGGUCCGCGCCGUUCGCCGAGUUCGCCGCCCGCGGCGCGGACCUCGUCUGCUUCUACGUCCAGUACGUCAUCAAGAAUCAGGAGGCCCUCGUCGUCCGCGAGAGCGCCAUCGAGUCGCCGCUGCAGCUCGCGGGGAAGACGCUCGCGACGUCCGUCGGGUCGACGAUGCACUACCACCUCAAGUUCCUCCAGGAGUACGUCGGCGGCGCCGGCGCCUUCACGAUCAAGGACAUGUCCACCAAGGAGGUCAUCCAAGCCUACGACGACGGCGACAUCGACGGCGCGUUCUACUACGGCGAGGCGAUGAAACACAUCCUCGACAACGAGGGCAAGACGCUCGUGACCUCGGAGCUCCUCGGCAGCUGGGGGCGGCCGACGUUCCAGCUCGUCGCGGCCCGGGGCGCCUUCGCCCGGGCCCACCCGGAGGUCGUC